UGGAUUUCACUCCAGUAAAACCACCUAUUGUGUCCACGCACGUACAAAUGACCCACGAGACUCCACCGUACAAUGGUUGGGGCUCCGAAGAAGAUUCUUUGGCCAAUUGCAAAGGUCUGAUACCCAUUCCACCGAAGGGCGAUUUCCGCAAAUUCAUUGAAAAAGACAGACAGGGAUUGGAAUCAAACAUUCUUCGAUUUACAGCACGCUUGGUGACCAAUGAUCCAUUGGAUUGCGAUCGGUUGUUCAUAAUCUCUUGCUACCUGUCAGACGAAACUUUCUCAAUUUUUGAACCACCAAGACGAAACUCAGGCUUUAAGGGUGGCCUGUUCCUGGAACGUGGUCGAGUCAAAAGGCCUGGAAGUGAUCGAUUCCCGGUCACAUUGUCGGAGUAUUAUAAACCGGCUGAUUUGUAUUUGGGUGGAGUUCUGGAGUUCAAUCGUUUCCGUUUUGAAAUUGUGGACGCGGAUGCGUACGCGAUGAAAUACAUGGAAGAUCAUUCAACUGAGUAUCCACAGGCUGACGUGAAGCAUAUUCUAAAUAAACUGCGACCUUUUGCACAGGGUCGAUGCGAGGAGUUGCAACAGUAUGCCACAAAUCAGGAUCCGGAACACACGGGCACAUUCGGGUAUCGCCAGUUGAAGUGCCUAAUCGAUCAACUCACUGGUCCGGAUAAUGCACUAACUAAGCACGAGAUGAUCACACUGGGACGUUAUUAUGCUGAAAGGUUAGUGCUUGUCAGGUCCCCUAAAAAUGUUGGAACUUGGUCUUUUGGAAAAACAGAAAAUCAAAUGAUAUGA